AUUUUAUACGGUGUUAUUAUAGUGUCAUACUAUGUGCCAUAUAUUUAUAUUUAGUGCUGUAAUAUACAUAACGAAGCCAAACACUAGGGAAUAAUGUAUUCGGCUUACAUAACGCUCCUUUUCGUGGGUGAUUGAGCUGAAAAUGCCAUGAGCAUCAUGGGAGUUGUAGUUCAGCAAAUUCCACUCACUGCCUGGUUUAGUUUCAUUUAAGGAGAGUAUUUAUUUAAUAGGCGGGGCUUAGCGGUCGCUGAUUGGCUGGCUGUCAUUCUGUUCACUAGCGGGCUCUUCCUGCACGUGUGUUCCUUCUGAGGAUCAUCUGCCCCCGCCAAGGGCGUGCAGUCUAGUCCGAGGACAUGAGGCCUGUACUGGUUAGGGUCAAGGAUGUGCUUCGUGUCGUGGAAUUGGUAACCCUUCCGAAGAGGUGCUGCUCCUCAGUGCCUUCUGGGAAGGAGGUUCGAGUCCGAUUCGCUCCUAGUCCUACUGGUUUUCUGCACUUGGGAGGUUUGCGUACGGCGCUGUACAAUUACCUGUUUGCCAAAAAACAUGGCGGUUCUUUUAUUCUACGGCUUGAAGACACAGACAGGAGCCGGCUGGUGGCUGGAGCAGCUGAAGGCAUAGAGAACAUGCUGGAGUGGGCAGGCAUCCCACCAGAUGAGAGCCCAAGGCAAGGUGGACCUUAUGGACCAUAUGAGCAGUCUAAGCGUCUGGAUCUGUAUCAGGUUACUGCUGACAAGCUGCUGGAAAGCGGAGCUGCUUAUCGUUGCUUUUGCACUCCACAGAGACUAGAACUUCUCAAGAGGGAAGCUCUGAGAAACAGACAGACUCCUCGCUAUGAUAACCGGUGCCGGCAUCUAACUGCAAAACAAGUGUCAGAGAAGCUGUCUAAAGGUUCCCCCUAUGUGAUCCGGUUCCACUUGCAAGAAGGAGCACAGCCUUUUCAGGACCUGGUCUAUGGCUGGACUCACCAUGACGUGGCAAGUGUGGAAGGUGACCCCGUUAUUAUAAAAGGAGAUGGCUUUCCCACAUAUCAUUUGGCCAAUGUGGUAGACGAUCACCAUAUGGGUGUGAGCCAUGUGCUGCGGGGAGCAGAGUGGCUCAUAUCUACAUCCAAGCAUCUGCUGAUUUACCAAGCUUUGGACUGGCAACCUCCCUUAUAUGCCCACCUACCCCUCCUACUAAACAAAGAUGGAACCAAACUCUCCAAGCGACAAGGAGACAUCUUUAUUGAACACUAUGCUCAGAGUGGAUGCUUAGCUGAUGCUCUGCUGGAUCUCAUCACCAACUGUGGAUCUGGAUUUCCUGAAAACCAAAUGGGCCGUACAUUGGACACACUCGUAAACCAGUAUGAUUUGGGGAAAACAAGCACCCACUCUGCUCUGCUGGAUCUGGAGAAACUUCCCGAGUUUAACAGGUUACACCUUGCAAGAUCGAUAGACGGUCCCGAGACCCGGGCAAAGCUGGUUGUUCAGCUCCAGGCAAUGUUGCAAGACACAUAUAAGGGUCUGGAACUUGAUGAGGGGCACAUAGAGCGCAUACUGUUGCUUAGGAAGGGACAUUUGUGCCGGAUGACAGACCUCUUAUCGCCUGAAUAUUCGUACCUCUGGAUCCGGCCUUCUAUUUCUAAACAAGAACUGCAGAGCCUCUCGCGCGAGGCUGCUGAGAUUGGAGCGCUGGUUGUACGAGUCCUAAAGGAAACGUGCAAUGAUUUUACUUUGGAAAAUCUGAAUAACGAACUGAGGAGCCAUUUACAGCAACUGAAAGCCACAAAGUACAGCAGUGCUAUGAAACUACUUAGAAAGUCUCUGAGCGGCCAAGAGCAUGGGCCAAGUGUAGCGGAGAUGCUGAUGUCAUUGGGACCCCAAGAAUCCAUCAUACGACUUCAGAAUGCUCUCAGCUGCUGAACGUUGGAUUAUACACCUUGGACUGUAGUGAUUUGCUCAGUGACCUUUACCAAUAAAUUAUCCUUUUUUUUUAAUGCCAAUAAGCCUCAGUGUGCUGAUUAAGAUUCUCUUUCUAAAUAAAUCAUUAAAUAAUUCAAAUAAUUUUGCCUCCAUUACAGCUUUGUAUA